AUGUCUGAUCCUGAGAAGUCCGACACUAUUACGCCCGCACCCGGCCGCAGCAGUGGUAGCCUUGAAGGUGUGAAACUUGACAAUGACGCAUUCGAAGUCUUCAAGACGCGAGAGGGCGCUGUAAACUUCCGUACUGUCGGAUGGAUCCACGCUUCAGUCAUCUUCCUCAAAGUUAUCUUUGCAACUGGUGUUCUCACCAUCCCUUCAGCAAUGUAUGUUUUAGGGGCCUUGCCUGGAGCCCUUAACGUUCUUGGGUGGCAGUUCCUAAAUACAUAUUGCGCUAUUAUCCAAGGCAACUUCCGCAACUCUCAUGCGGGAUGCCAUUCCAUUGCAGACAUGGCCGAGGUGGUCGGCGGACUGUGGUUGAAAGAGGUUACGGGCGUCUUCUUCCUCGUAACGUACAUUAUUGUCUGCGCGUCAGGAAUCUUCGGCACAUCAGUGGCUCUCAACGCCCUGUCAAAUCACGCCAUUUGCACAAACUACUUUAUGCUUGUGGCUACCGCCCUUGUUUUCCUCAUGAGCAGCAUUCGUAAAUUUGAGAAGAUUGCCUGGCUGACCUGGCUCGGCUUCCUGUCGGUGUACAUUGCCGUCUUCAUUGUUGUUGUUGGUGUCACUACUCGAGAUCGCCCAGCGGCUGCUCCCCAAACUGGCGACUUUGAUCUCGGUUACCACGUCAUCGGUAACCCGACAUUCAUCGCCGGAAUUACCUCCGUUGCCACCAUCUUCUGCUCUGGAGCCGGAACAUCGGCUUUCCUCCCUGUCAUCUCCGAGAUGAGAAGGCCAAGGGAUUACAACAAGGCAGUAUACCUAUGCAUGGGCAUCGUGACCAUCUCCUAUCUGACCUUCUCCCUGGUGGUCUACAAAUGGUGUGGCAAGUGGGUUGCAUCGCCGUCCCUUGGUAGUGCCGGAUACACGGUCAAAAAGAUCUCAUAUGGCGUCGGUAUCGCUGGCUUGGCUAUCAGUGGCAUGCUUUAUGCCCACACGGCAGCCAAGUACCUCUUCGUCCGCAUCCUCCGCAACUCGGAGCAUCUCCAGAAGAACUCGUGGGUGCAUUGGACCACCUGGCUCGCCUGUACCUUGAGCAUGUCCGUCAUUUCGUUUUUGGUAGCGUCUGGUAUUCCCAUCUACAACUAUCUACUCGCUCUUGCAGGCAGCUUGACCUUUGCGCCGCUGGCCCUCGGUUUACCUGGCUACCUUUGGAUUCACGACCAUGGGCAUUACCGCAAGGGCAACUGGUGGCAAGUCACUGUUUACUGGCUAAAUUGGUUCAUGAUCUUACUAGCCGUGUUCAUGACUAUUGGUGGGACAUAUGGUGUUGUGCAAAAUAUUAUUGAUGCAUACGCAAACGGGACUAUCGGAAAGGCAUUCUCCUGCGCAGACAAUAGUAAUUCUUCGUAA